AUGAUUCCCCAUACCACCCUUCCCCCAUCACCAAAAGACUCCUACAUCGACCCCUUCCCCAUCACCAAAGACUCCACAUCGACCCCUUCCCCAUCACCAAAGACUCCUACAUCGACCCUUCCCCAUCACCAAGACUCCUACAUCGACCCCUCCCCCAUCACCAAAGACUCCACAUCGACCCCUUCCUCCAUCACCAAAAGACUCCUACAUCGACUCUUCCACCAAAAAGACUCCUACAUCGACCCCUUCCAUCAUCACCAAGACUCUACAUCGACCCCUUCCAUCACCAAAAGACUCCUACAUCGACCCCUUCCCCCAUCACCAAAGACUCCUACAUCGACCCUUCCUCCAUCACCAAAAGACUCACAUCGACCCCUUCCCCCAUCACCAAAGACUCCUACAUCGACCCUUCCCCAUCACCAAAAGACUCACAUCGACCCCCUUCCCCAUCACCAAAAGACUCCUACAUCGACCCUUCCCCCAUCACCAAAAGACUCUCCUUCCCAUCACCAAAGACUCCUACAUCGACCCUUCCCAUCACCAAAGACUCAUCAACCUUCCUCCAUCACCAAAGACUCUAUCGACCCUUCCCCAUCACCAAAGACUCCUACAUCGACCCCUUCCCCAUCACCAAAAGACUCUACAUCGACCCUUCCUCCAUCACCAAAAGACUUAAACGACCCCUCCCCAAACACGACAACUCCCUUCCCCAUCACCAAAGACUCACAUCGACCCCUUCCCAUCACCAAAAGACUCCUACAUCGACCCCUUCCCCCAUCACCAAAAGACUCCUACAUCGACCACUUCCUCCAUCACCAAAAGACUCCCACAUCGACCCCUUCCCCCAUCACCAAAAGACUCCUACAUCGACCCCUUCCUCCAUCACCAAAAGACUCCCACAUCGACCCCUUCCCCCAUCACCAAAAGACUCCUACAUCGACCCCUUCCUCCAUCACCAAAAGACUCCUACAUCGACCACUUCCUCCAUCACCAUAA